AUCACCACUGUUGCCUAUCACCUAUUUAUUGUGUUUCGCUCUCAUUUUGUGUCCUCAUAUUGUCUUUCCUUGUGGGUGUGUAUAUGUGUGUGCAUGCGUGUGCCAAAGAAGAGCUGGAGUUAACCGGUAGACCUGGCAGCAGUUGCAGAGGGCGGACUCAACUGCCGGUGUGCAGUAUUCCGAGCAACAUAACAACGCAGCAGUCGCACGGCUGGCUCUCUGCGGUAGUUAUCUCACUGCGCUGUUGAGUUACGCGAUCGUCUUACUCUUACCGAGUCAUCAGCAGGCGACGAUUGCGGAUGCACUUGCCAACUCGGUUAGCUCUGAGGCUUUGCAACUCAUCAUAGACCAGUCUGGCUAAAACUCAAUAGCUGGACCGGCAACGUGCAACUCGUAGUGUGUGAUAUCGUUAUAUAGCUGGACAAUUGUGCAUUGCUUCCCUUUCUGUCUUUUAUCUUUCUCUUUUCCUCCUACCUGAGUGUUUUGUCCGCUCGGCCAAACGAAUGACACAACAACCUUAAGGCCGACAAGGUAACUAAAAAACAAGGGUUUGACCCAUCAAGAGACACUAGACAACUGGCGCCGUCCUUGCAGCAUCAAGCGAUUCAGUGUCGUCGAUAGCGCAGUAACAACACUCUACAGCACCUCUCUCUAAUAGUUAGACGGUACCUAGUGCGUUCUAAUCACGAAGAACUUGAUUACUACACGACAACGGACUCAGAUAUUGAAGAAGACGACAUGGCGACUCCUCUAACCGAUGCUGAAAAGCGCCGACAGAUCUCCGUUCGAGGGAUCGCCCAGGUGGAAAAUGUGGUCAAUAUGAAAAAUGCAUUUAACCGCCAUCUGCACUACACGCUGGUUAAGGACAGGAACGUCGCAACUCCCCGCGAUUACUAUCAGUCUUUGGCCCAUACUGUUCGCGAUCACCUCGUAAGCCGUUGGAUUCGAACCCAGCAAUACUAUUAUGAGAAGGACCCAAAGAGAGUUUAUUACCUUUCCCUCGAGUACUACAUGGGUCGCACCCUCUCCAACACGAUGAUAAAUUUGGGCAUCCAGAACACAUGCGACGAAGCUCUCUACCAACUCGGCCUUGACAUCGAGGAGCUCCAGGAGCUCGAAGAAGACGCUGGCCUCGGCAACGGCGGUCUUGGCCGUCUUGCGGCCUGUUUUCUUGAUUCGAUGGCCACGCUAGGUCUGGCUGCGUAUGGAUACGGUAUCAGGUACGAGUACGGAAUCUUCACACAAGCAAUCCGAGACAAACAACAAGUUGAGGAGCCCGACGAUUGGCUCAAGUUCGGUAAUCCGUGGGAAAUUCCACGACCCGAGUGCGAACUUCCUAUUCAUUUUUACGGGCGCGUGAUCGAUGACAACGGCAAACGUAAGUGGGUAGACACCCAGGUGAUUCUUGCUAUGGCCUACGACAAUCCCAUCCCUGGAUUCAAGAACAAUGUCGUAAACACAAUGCGACUGUGGUCGGCUCGUUCGCCUGUGAAUUUCAAACUUCACUGUUUCAACACCGGCGACUAUAUACAGGCAGUGCUAGACCGCAACCUGGCCGAGAACAUUUCCCGGGUCCUCUACCCCAACGACAAUUUCUUUGAAGGUAAGGAGCUGCGACUGAAGCAGGAGUAUUUCAUGGUGGCGGCUACAUUGCAGGACAUCGUGCGUCGAUACAAGGCAUCGCAGUUCGGUAGUACCCAUGCGGCACGGACUCACUUCCACGAGUUGGCCGAUAAGGUGGCGAUUCAGUUGAAUGAUACUCAUCCCGCCCUCGCCAUUCCCGAACUUAUGCGCAUCCUCAUCGAUCACGAGAACCUCAGCUUUGAUGAGGCGUUCCGACUGUGCAUUAAGACAUGCGCUUACACAAAUCACACAGUGCUGCCAGAAGCCCUCGAACGCUGGCCCGUCAGUAUGCUCGAGUCAAUUCUGCCACGUCACCUUGAGAUCGUCUAUCAGAUCAAUCAGCAGUUUAUGGAACUCGUGUCUAAGAAAUAUGUUGGCGACUUCGGCAAGAUGCGUCGCAUGUCCAUCGUUGAGGAGGACGGUGGAAAACGCAUCAAUAUGGCUCAUCUUGCCAUCGUAGGCUCUCAUGCCGUCAACGGAGUAGCUCGUAUCCAUUCCGAGAUUCUCAAAGACGACGUCUUCCGUGAGUUCUACGAGCUUUUUCCUGAACGUUUCCAGAACAAGACGAACGGAAUCACACCCCGACGGUGGCUAGUCCUUUGCAAUCCAGCUCUCGCCGAAGUGAUUGCAGAUAAAAUUGGUGAAGACUGGAUCGUGCACCUUGAGAAGCUGGCCGAGCUAAAGAAGUUCGACAACGACAAGGUGUUCCUCCAAGAACUUUACAAGGUCAAGCAGGAGAAUAAAAUGAAACUGGCUGACUACAUCAAAGUGGCUACCGGCGUCCAGGUGAAUAUCAACUCAAUUUUCGAUAUACAAGUAAAGCGUAUCCAUGAGUACAAGCGUCAACUUCUCAACGCCCUGCACGUAAUCACCAUGUACAACCGUAUCAAGGCCAAUCCGACGGGCAAUUUCGUCCCUCGAACCGUUAUGAUCGGGGGCAAAGCGGCUCCUGGUUACCAUAUGGCGAAACAAAUCAUCAAGCUGAUCUGCCACGUAGCUAAUGUAAUUAACAACGAUCUCGUUGUCGGCGAUAAACUAAAGGUAAUCUUCCUUGAAAAUUAUCGGGUCACGCUGGCUGAGCGCAUUAUGCCUGCUGCUGACCUGUCAGAGCAAAUCUCCACGGCUGGCACAGAGGCUUCCGGAACCGGCAACAUGAAGUUCCAGUUGAACGGUGCGCUGACGAUCGGAACCCUGGAUGGCGCCAAUGUGGAGAUGCGGGAAGAAAUGGGCGAAGAUAACUUUUUCCUUUUCGGUAUGACCGUUGAAGAAGUCGAGGCUCUGAAGAAAAAGGGUUACAACGCUUGGGACUAUUACAAUAGAAUUCCUGAGCUCAAACAGUGCAUUGAUCAGAUACAGGGAGGGCUGUUUUCGCCGUCGGAUCCAAAUAUGUUUGCUGACAUCUGCAAUGUCCUUCUCAACCACGAUAGGUUCUUCCUCUUCGCGGAUUAUGAGUCGUACGUUGCCUGCCAAGACCGCGUGUCCGCCACCUACCGUGACCAGGAGAAAUGGCUCAAGAUGUCCCUGCACAACAUCGCCUCGUCAGGCAAAUUUUCAUCUGACCGCACGAUCGUCGAGUAUGCCCGUGAAAUCUGGGGUUGUGAACCGUCCUGGGAAAAAAUGCCCGCCCCCCACGAACCGAAGUCUGAACAGGAGAAGUAGAUGCUACGCAUAGAGGACUAUCUGUAACAAAAUUCCUACUCCCGAUUGUUGAAAUCAAGUCGCAGGAACGAUGGCUGCACGCCAUGGGGAACCGAAUGUCUAGUCCAGGCCUAUUGAUUACUCAAGUUACUAUUACUCAUUAAAAAUUGGCGACAACUGAUUUCAAUUGUAUCACGUUGGGAUGUAUUUAUUUGCCACAGACAUACUAACUCAACGAUAGGAGGGGAUAGGGUGUUUGGCUUAAUUCUAGCGUUGUCGCCUUUUCAAAUGUCUAUCGAAUGAUAAAAGAAGACACGCUUUCACACCAUAGGCCUACAUAUAGUAAUAAAAAAAUUACAUGAAACAAACACGAAUAUGUAUAUGCACCUGCAUAUAUAACUUAUAUCAUAUACCAAGCAAUUUUGCUAGUUGCGGCCGCCAUCGCACGGCUACGUUUCGCCUUAACCUACCGGUCAGAUACGAAAGCGAGUUAAGUAACGAUGAAUCGUUAAGUGUACAAUGAACUUGAGCAGGCAACUGCUUCCACCGUAGCAGUCGAUAUAUAGUAACUAAAAUGCGAUGUGAAGUUACUCAGGUGAGAGGUGACAGGUCUGCGACGAGUGUAAAUGUGUUGAAUUGUAAGCUCAUAAAAUAGAAGACAACACAGACGAAAGAAGAUCGGUGCGACAUUAGGAAUUUUUCGAUUAGUAAGAUACGACUGGUGAUACUGGCCAUAGUAUCAUUACUACAUGGAUUUUUUUUAGUGUAUUUUGCUGAAGCUCUGGUACUCCACGAGGCACUUAAUGAACUUGACAACACUGUUCAACGUAAAAACCGAGGGUAAUACAUCCUUUGACGAUUCGUAUAACGCUAAUGAUCAUAACGCUUUCAGUCGUUAGGAGUAGGGUAUGAGAGGUAGAAAUAGAAAAAAUUAAAUAUGACACAAGUAUUAAAACUUCCUUUAAGUAGGCUUAACAUACAUAUUUCUCAGGUUAUCUAAUUUUAGAAUACAAUCGUUAGGCCAAACUAUUAUUCUCUCAAAGAGGACAGACUGAGAGGUUACAUAGCAGUUUUGAACGUGACAACAUCGACACGGAUCUUCGCGAACAAAAUGCCGGAAAUGAAAGCGGCAGGAAGCGUAAUGUUCUACUCAAUAAUUUGAUGUGUCAUAUGAUCUUUAUUUCAUAAAAAUAAAAAUUAAAUAAUCAAGUGAUAUCCUUUUUCAACGUAGACACGCUAAGGUAGAUCUGCCAGCGUUAACGUGUCGUCUUCGUUGACAAGUUUCUCUCCUGCUGCUCAUCCCCACCCCAAAUUUUUCAUCGUUUUGGUCGGCGUUGUUGGUUACCGUAUUGGACUUAGUAAAGCAAAUUAGACAAAAAAAAAAAAAAAAAAAAAAC